AUGACCCGUUCCGGACGAAGACUGAUCCUGCUGGAGCUAGAGCUUCAAGAAUGCCCUUCGGACGAAUGCAUCAAAGUCAUAUUCGCUACCAGCGAUGCUGACCACAAUGUUGACGCUCAACGGCAUCCGGUAGCAAGAAAGCUCCAUCUGUAUCUCCACCUUUCCCGUGGCUCUAUCGUACCCGGCUUCAAGGCUCGAGUUAACUGUCCCAUUGUCGACCCCCACCUGAGCUCUCUCGGCCGAGACCAAGCGACUGCGUUGCGCCAUGCUCUGCAGCGCGAAACCCCUCGAGGGAUGCCGCUGCCGGAGAGGUGGUUUGUGAGCCCUCUGAAGCGGGACCUGUGGAAUCGAGUGGGGAUGGCUAAUUUGAAUGCCGAAGAAAGAACGGCAAGCGGGAAAAGGGCAUGGCAUGAAGGCCAUCGUAUUAGAGGUGGGGUCUCCUUACGGAUACUUGGUCAUUGCUUGGCGGAAGCUGAUGUAGGCUGUUGGAACCUGCGAGAACGCCUCCAUGUCCACAAAUGUGACAAAGGCUCGUCCCGCUCCGCUCUGCAGCUCGACUUUCCGUCAUUCGAGUACACUCCAGGAACGGCCGAGGAAGACAAACUCUGGCAGCCACAGGAAAUGAGGGGGGGCGAAACAGAGGAUGAGCUUACAACUCGCAGUGGCGGGGGGAUGGACCAGGUGUUGGACGCGAGUGAGGGGGCUACUUACAACAGCAUCACUUCACAUCCUGGCGCUCUUUGGGGUGUCUACAAGGCUUUGGGCGUACCUCCGAGGAGCCUGGUGGUGGGCGAAAUGAAUGUCCUUGUCCUUCGAGUCAAAAAGGUGACCGAGUAG